CAAUUUAAAGGAUUUAAAAUACCCUCUAGAAUUACAUUCCCCCCAAAAAUCACCCCAUCCAAACACAACCUAAGAUGUGAGCGUGAAGAAUGUCCAGAUUCUGAUGUCAAGGUAUGGCUAAAGGCUGUAAUACAACGCCAAGUUGAGAAUCUCGAAAUCGAGUUGCCCUAUUUACCAGUGCCUUACUGUAUUCUCAGCUGCACAACCCUUGUUGUUCUCACGCUGCAUUAAGUAGUUUUUGAUGAUUUUUAUUCUGUUGAUCUUCCCUCACUCAAAACACUGCAUUUGCAUAAUGUUGAGUUCGCUAAGUAUCAAUUUUUGAUGGACCUUCUUGAUGGGUGUUCAGCUCUUGAAGAUUUGGAAAUAUUUGUUAUUUCUUUUCAUGAAUAUCCUGAAGUUUUGGAAAUAGAUGACAGAAAUUUACCCAAGUUGGUCAAAGCAACGGUUUUGUUUUGUGGCGCUUUGUAUAUUCCUGUGAAAGCUUUUCGCAAUGUACAGUUUCUGACCUUAGACGAGUGCGAAGAUACGGACAUUCAUGUAUUUCCCAAUUUAAUUCAUAUGGAGUUCUUCUUUAACUGCUCUAUUAAAUGGAGUGUUGUGCUUGAUAUGCUCAAUCACUGUCCUAAGCUUCAAACUGUUGUCUUUGAACUACAGAUUUAUGAUGAUAAUGAUGAGGUUUGGCCAGACCCAGGUUUUGUUCCUGAAUGCUUUUCUUCGCAUCUUAAUAAAUGCUAUAUUAAAGGUUAUACCGGAGAGGAAUGUCAGAUGAGAUUUGUAAGAUAUGUUAUGCAAAACUCAACUUCGUUACGUACCAUGAUCAUUUGCAGUCGCUAUGACCAAAAUCAUGAGAGAAGGCUUGAAGUGAUUACAGAAUUGGCCUCAUACACAAGGAGUUCUGCAGUUUGUGAACUUUUAUUUAAGUGAUUAGUAGGCUUCUUACUUGUCAGUAGCUUGAAAUUAUUCCUAAAGUGACUAACUGCAUUUGUUCUUAGUUAUACAUUUAAUGUAUCUUGUGGUUUUGGUGCUUUUGAUUGACACAAACUUUAUGUGUCCUUUGUACUCUUUCUCCUGUUAUUGUUUUGAAAAUUGCUGAUCUCAUGCACUAAAGCUACUUUUGCAAAUGUAACUGGAAUUGAAAUGCUAAUGGAAUUUGUUGUUUUUUCUUGCUUUAUAUAAUUGUAACAAAUAUUCAUUACAAUACUACUCUGAAGUAUUUGAAAGCAGAGAGGAAAUGAGUUAUUUUAGCUUUUGAAUUACUAAUUGAUUCAUGCUUGAAAUUUAGUCAGUAAGGGAAAUUUUACUUUAGCAUCAUUCAUAACUCUCUCUCUCUCUGUUAUGGCUAAGGAAGUCAACCCUUUGGUGUGUGUAUUUGAAAGCUUUAACUUAAUGGAUAAGAAGGGGUAUAAUUGAUGUUGAUAUAUGAAGAGGCUUGUGGUUAAAUUUGCUGAAGAUAGUCAGAUUUUGUUGAACAUUUAAAAAAUUUAAAAGAGUGUCUGCAGAGAGAGAUCCAAAUCCAGAUGAUAGUGUGAAUUUUCAAUCUCUCAUAGAAAAUUGUCGUUUUGAAGAUAAUGUGAUCUUGCCCUUCAAUAUUUUAGGCAAGAUGAUAAGUCAUUGGAUUUGAUUGCCAAACUUAUAACCUGGACAGAAAUAUUUAAUUUCAAAUAUUUCUUGUGUCAUUGGACCUACAUCUACUGCAUUGUUUGAUAAAAUAAGCUUAGUUGUGGAAAUUUCUAAAAUUCAAGGACUUGGCAUGUACAAUGCUAGAUGAUCCUUGUGUCAUUUGUAGUUUCAUUCCUUUCAUCUCUCUUCUAACUCAUUUCAUAUUUUGAAAACACAGAUAGAAGAAAAUGUUUGUGUUUUGCAGAUAGUAGAGUUAUGGGUGAUACAAGUAUGAAUCUAAUAAUUUCCGUUUUCAAGUCUUCCCGGUGCUGCUUGUUGGUUAAACAUGAACUGAUCUUAUUUCCUUUGUUACCUAAUUUUACAUUCCGGCAGUUGUAUUUUUGUUUCCCUGUGAGGAUGAGCUGAAUUGAGGGUGUCAUUUUAGAUGUAAAUUCAAAUUUGACAAGCAAUCCUAGGUAGUGGGAUUUGGGCUUUUGUUCAGGGAUAUAUGUAAAGGAUAACCCAGCAAAUUUUAAUCAGGCUGAUAGCUCGCAGCA